AUCCACACCAUAUCUGUGGGUCAAUCAAUCUCAUUCAUUCUUUCUUUUUCUUCUUGAAAAACUUGCCAAAAGUUGUUCUUUUCCUUUAAAAUAAAAUACGCAAAUCUUGAACUAGUAAUUCGUGCCAAAUAAAAGACUUACGGUAAGCGUACGAAUACAGACAGUCUAUGGAAUUUUUUGAAAAUUAUUUUUAUUAUGGCAAAUAAUACUGAUUUCCCGGAUUAUUACCAAGUAUUAGAGUGUGAGCGAACAGCAUCGGCAGAAGAGUUAAAGAGAAGCUAUCAAAGACUAGUAUUAUCCUUGCAUCCAGAUAAAAGUGACCAGAACAAUUCCGAUGAACUGUUUUUGCUGGUUCAAAAAGCUUGGUCAGUUCUAAGGGAUCCAGUUAGUCGGAAGCAAUAUGACGCCGAGUUGACAUGCCAAGAACAUUCAGAGCUGUUAAUUUACGAGACUUUACCAAUACAAAACAUGGAUUAUGAUCCUGUUGAAGAUGUCUACAUGUAUACCUGUAGAUGCGGUGGGACUUAUUUCUUAGAUCGAAGUGGCAGUGGAAUGGCAGCUAAAGUGGUUAUCGGAUGUGAUGAGUGCUCUUUCUCCAUUGAAGUUAUUUUAUGAUUAAGUGACACUAUCGUGAAUGUGUAUAAAAUAUGAGACCAGACUAAGUAAAUGUGAGUUACUUCUUUUUGUGAUGUUUAUGAUGAUACAGUAUUUCAUCAGCAUUGUUAAUGUUUUAACAUGUUAUUGUGUCUGCAUUUGAAUUUCUACAGAAUCUACUGUCAUGUUCAUUCAUACAAAUGUCCAUUCCAGUCUCAGCAACUAAUAUCAAUGCAAAUUAUUUACAUUAUGUUCAAAAUAAGGUCUACUAGACAACAUUCAUCAGCA